AGACUUCAGCAAACAGCAACCCGGAGGCUCAGCAUCACACAAAGACCUUUGAAAAUCCUCUGGAACCUCAAGAUGCUGCCAGCAACUUUCAAGCUCUGUGCUGGCAUUUCCUACAGGCAUCUGCACAAUAUGUCAGGCUUGAAGAGACAAGCAGCAAUUGCAAUUGUCCAGGAGCUGAAUAAGUUUGCAUUUUCCAGACCGGGCCCGAGCAAGUGGAUCAGCCAAGUGCGCAGAAGGAGCUCUUUGCUGAGCUCCCGACUGGAGGAGAACCUCUUCAAUGAAUCAGAAAUGUUCUACAUCAAACAAGGAGAGGAGGCGCUUCAGAAAUCGCUUAAUAUUCUUGGAGAACAAGGGGACUGGAAAACAGAAACUGUGAUGGACAAUGGUGACAAAGUGCUGAGCAAAAUGCUCCCGGAUGUGGGGAAGGUUUUCCGGCUUGAAGUGGUGGUUGAUCAACCCCUGGACUGUGUCUAUAGCGAGUUGGUGGAACGGAUGGAGCAGAUGGGGGACUGGAACCCAAGUGUCAAAGAAGUCAAGAUCCUGCAGAGAAUUGGGAGCGAUACUGUGAUCACUCAUGAAACUGCAGCAGCCACCCCUGGUAAUAUUGUUGGUCCGCGAGACUUUGUGAGUGUCCGCUGUUCCAAGAGGCGCGGCUCAACAUGCAUCCUGGCAGGCAUGGCCACCACCUAUGCAGGCAUGCCUGAGCAAAAAGGAGUCAUCAGAGCUGAAAAUGGUCCCACAUGCAUGGUUCUCCGACCACUCAAGGGAGAUCCCUCCCAAACUAAGUUAACUUGGCUUCUCAGCAUUGAUUUGAAGGGAUGGCUGCCAAAGACACUACUCAACCAAGUCCUCUCCCAAACCCAGGUGGAUUUUGCAAAGCACCUCCGCAACCAUUUGACCACCUCUUCUGCCGCCAGGCAGGCUUUGAGCUGUUGAUGUGAA